AUGUCACUUGGAGCCAAGGCCAGCCUAACAUCAGGAUAUCAUCCGGAAGCCAACGGCCAGACCGAACGACUAAACCAGCAGCUGGAAACCGGCCUCCGGUGCGUGGUCUGCCAGAACCCCUCCACAUGGAGCAAGCACCUGGUCUGGGUAGAUGAAACUUCUAGCGGCGAGCUGCUCAUUCAGGCGGCGCCGGCCCAGGAUGUGCGGGGUCAACUGGUUUCCCAAGGGGACGCUGCUGAGGAGCUGGCUCACCAAGUCUCGCCCUCGACUGCUGCUGCUCAUCGCCGGCCUCAAGCGGCCUCAGGUGACCCUGAUGAGGAGGAAGAGGAUGAAGCGCACCAAAGUAGCCAAGGCCACGACCUGCAGCAGGAUGCCACACUUCUCCUGAGUCUUCUUCCUGCCAUGACCUUCUUGUCUCCGCCUCCAGCUCGCCCAGGCCACGCCCCCCAUCGACAGUCCACUUGCCAUGCUAAGGAAGUUAGCCUUCGUGCUAUCGAGCGGCGCCCCCCCUGCUGGCGUGGAGCGUCACGUGGCGUCUCUUCUGUUCCUUCCGCUGACCGGGCGGUCGCCAUGGUGACGGGUCACCUGAUCACCCGUGUUUGCUCAAAGAGGGUCACAUGACAAGUUUGUUGCAUCAAAUCAAUAAAAUGGGACAUUUUCU